CCGGAUGGCUCAAAGACUUGCAGGCAACUCUUAUUCGUAACCCCCACUGUCAAGCUUUUCUCCUCAUGGGCGAAAUCAGCAAGUUCUACGAUAUCCAACUGCUCAUUUUGUCGGCUCUAUGUCUACUCGCUCUUGUCCUGGACCGCUUCUACUCGAUGUCGCGUCGGAAGCACGCGAGUGAGGACGCCCUCGCUGAGCGUGCAGAGAGCGGAUACGGAAUUACAGGGACGGGCGAGGCUUUGGCUACCUUGACGAAGCAAUAUCUCAUCGUCUACUCCAUCGUCAUGGGCGCGGACUGGCUCCAAGGGCCAUACAUCUACUCGCUGUACCACGAACAAUAUGCCUACACGGAAAGCACGGUCGCGCUCCUUUUCGUGGUCGGCUUCGUCUCUGCCGCCCUCGCCGCACCACUCGUGGGCUCCUGGGCAGACCAGCAUGGGCGAAAGCGGAUGUGCCUCAUCUUCUGUGCCGUAUACACCACAGCGUGCAUCUGCACCCAAACGUCCUUCCUCCCGGCCCUCUUCCUCGGCCGCGUCGUCGCUGGUUUCGCAACGUCCAUCCUCUUCAGCGCGUUCGAGGCGUGGUUGAUCAGUGCGGCAAGUGCUCAGGGCCUGCACUCGUCAGAUCUGUCGACGUUGAUGGGUCGAGCGACCCUCGUGAAUGGGAUCGUGGCUACUGGUGCUGGAGUUGCGAGCAACCAGCUCGUGGCCUUCACUCACUCGUUUGCAAGCCCGUUCAUCCUGAGCGGCGGGCUUCUCGUUGUUGCGUGGCUUGUCAUCCGUGCUACCUGGACAGAAAAUUACGGAAACUCCCCGGUGUCUUCUGGGGGAGAGAAGCCGUCUUCUAGCGCAGGCAUGACAACGGACAGGUUCCAGAUUGCUCGAUUGGGAACAGCUCUGCGGAUAGUACGAGACGAUACUCGCCUUCUGGUUCUCGGCACUGUGCAGACUUGCUUUGAGGGGUCGAUGUAUCUCUUUGUGUUUCUCUGGGUUCCCGCCCUGCAGCAACAUUCGACGCUGACUCAGCUUCCUCUGGGCUUCAUUUUCUCGUCAUUCAUGCUGAGCAUGAUGCUGGGCUCGUUGCUGUACACGUUUUUGGCCACCCGCUCGGUAGACUCAAGCAUCCUCACACACGCCAAGCUUUCGAGUUGUGUCUGUGCGGUAUCUGGAUUUUCCUUGGCUGCGUCUGCUUCGAUUCCCGACGAACGGGUUCGUUUCUGGGCAUUCUGCUUGUUUGAAUGCUGUGUGGGGAUGUACUUUCCGGUGCAGGGAAUGCUGCGGUCCGCGUUGAUCGCCGAUUCGCAGCGGGCCACUCUCGGUGCCCUGUUCCGGGUGCCGUUAAACUUGCUGGUCGUGGGCAGUCUUCUGGGUGGUGUCGGUGCAGUCGGAGGAGAAGGCGGACGAGGUGGUGUCAUGACAGCAUGUUCCUUGAUGCUGUGUGGCGCGAGCAUACUUGUUGGUGUCGUUCUCGUUGGCCGCGCUGACAAAUACGUCGCGCAGGGCAACCCGGUCGCCGUGGGCGUCAUCCGCGAGUGAAUUUCAAGCCGUUGCAUCUAAUCAAAAUCAAUGUUGUAGUAACCCUCCAUGUAUCGUAGCUGAUGAUAAUUGUAGACAAUCCGAUGGCUUCAACCCGCAAGUGGCGUCUGUACUAAUCACACGCAUCCCGA